UGUUACUGUGCACAAUAGUUUAUAUGUAAAAUAAUUGUGCACAAUCGAUAGCUUGUCAAUAUUUCAAGCAAUCACAUGUACAUGUAUGUACGUAAUAUUAUACAAAACCAUGUGUGUAUAUAAGAAUUUCAAAAACUCAAAUCUAGCUUGCAUCUUAUGAAUAUUUCAUUAAGUAAUCAACAUUUCUCAAGACUGAAAUGAGUUUUCGUAAUAACCAUUCCCGUUAAAUACUCGCGACAUCACGUCUCGACGUGUCAUCUUUCACUCUGUUGAAAUUGCAUUUCUAAAGGAUAGCGCAGAAAAAUCUCGGCUUUCGUCGCUUGAUGCAUUAUGUUUCGUUUCCUUUUUAUUUGGCGCAGACUGCUGCAGCUGCAUACGCGAACACGUUUCAGUGGGAGAGGUAAAGAAACCAUCUUUAUAGCCGGCCACUUGUUGCUGUCGCGCGCACACACAUACACAAGUUAAAAAACCUGCCGGAGCGCUCACGUCAUUGGUCCAGCGUCAACAGCAUCUUAUAGGCAACUAAGGGGGGAGGUAAAACUCCGAGACCACCCCCACUCAAGUAUAAAAGAGAUUUUGGAGUAACCGUCGCUGCGCGGCGAGCGUUUGAAUGCUAACGUCAGAGGAGAUUAAAUGUCCAUGCUUUUCCGUUUCGUAAGAAAAUUUCUAAAGGAUGAGUGUUGUAGGAGAAGGUAAGUAUAAAUGGACUCCAGAAAGCACGCAAUUGCUUGUGUCAGUCUGGACAGACAAGCAGGUCCAGAAGCAACUGGAGUACGCCACCAAACCACAGCUUAUAUGGGAGAGUAUAGCAAAGUAUAUGAACAAGAAGGGUUACAAUGUCAAUGGAAAACAGUGUCGUUCACGCAUGAAACAGGUGCUAGUGUGCUAUCGAGAGGCUAAAAGAUCUGGCACUAAGGCAGGAGUAGAGCAAUACUAUGAGUCGAUUGAUAGAGUUUUGAAGUUUAAGAAGCAGGAGCAGAUUAAUAGUAACGGUAUUGAUACUGUUGAUUCUGUUGUAAAUAUAAAAUCACCACCAAAAGAUGUGAAAACUAACAAGAAUAUUCAAAUGCGUUAUAAGUAUCAGCAGCCCCCAGACUCCAUUUACCGUACAGAAGCAUUAACUCCUGUUUGGAAUGGAGGACGGGACAAUGAUUAUCCAGAAUCUCCAGAAUCCAAUGAAACAGUAUUAGCUCAACCAUAUAGAGUUUUUUCUCCUGUAAGAGAUGCUGCUACUAACACAACUCAACAGCAGCUUAGCAUUACUAACAAAAAAAUCUUGCAUCAUAAUGGACUUUAUGAAGAACCACCCAUCAAAGAAACUUACAGACAGAGCACAUACACCAACAAAUUCUAUGAUGUUCCAUUUCAGAAUACUGUGCAAAAUGUUCAAAAUCAGAUUAUUCAAGAGAACAUGCAGCAAAAUCAAACUCUGCUUCAGCAAAAUUUACUUCAAAAUCAAAUACUGGAGCAUAAUAGACUGCAAAUAAAUCCUAUUUUGAGACAAAAUCUUCAGAAUAUCAAUCAAGGCUUGUACAAUGAUCAAGGAGUCCUAUGUAAUCAAGCACCAUUAGGUUGCAAUCAUAACAUAAUUGCUGAAAACGUUUUACAAAAUUUACAAAGCAAAUGCCAGCUAAAUUCUGUGGGUAACAGAGCAAUGCCACAAGAGCCUAGGAAAAAUAGUUUCAGGCAGAAUUUACUAGCAAAUUAUCGCCAAUUUCAAGAACCAAUCUCACAGAAUUAUAAUGCCAAUAUGAAUCAUUUAGGCUUUGUAUCUCCAAGUAUUUCUCCAGACAUUCCACCAAAUCUCAAUUAUGGAUUUUGUCAGACCAAACUUGAUAAAGCAAAUGGUAUACAUGAUGCAUAUAGUCGUCCUUCAUCAAAUCCACUCAAUGAUGUAACAACAAUAACAAAUAAUGCUACUUUUAACGACGAUAGUCUUUCUAUUGAAUUUUUGCAAAAUUCUCCAACACCAGAUAGCGAACCAACGAAGCCGAAAGAUUUUGCAGUCAAUACAGAUGACAUACCCAAUGCUCCUUUCAGAAAAAAGAAGGCUGAAAAGCUCGAACGCUUGAUGAUGAGUGCUAUCAAUUCUCAAAAUGAAGUCGUAAACAAGAUACUAGCAGCACAAAAUGAAAUGGUAACUCGCGUGUUAGACAUAGAUCGGGACCGACAAAAUCGUCUUGAAAAUCGCCUUGACCAUCUUCUAGACGUAGUGCAAACUGCCGUGUUAAAUAAGAGCUCCGAAAGAGUUAAUGAUACUCCAUCGCCUCCGUCGGAGGCUGUGAUUACGAAUCUUCAACCACCGCCAAAACCAGGCAUCGUUCCGCCGAAAUUAGACUUAGUACCUCCAAAACCAUGCCGAGUACCUUGCACAUCAUCAAAUACCAAUAAACCGCCAGUCAAUCAGAAUCAGAAUCCAGUGAAAACGAGACCUGGUGUGGUGUCGCCCAUUAUUAACAGCCCGUCGAAAAAAGUCGGGGCCAUCUGGCAGAAAUUGGGACCAGUAUCCACAUCGCCAUUUGUGCGUGCUCAGCAACAGCUUGGAUUUAGACCAAUUAGUAUGAAUGAUGAAAUCCGUACGAAAUCAUCAGCUGAGCGUCGCAUCGCUAAGGAGUUUGAGAUUGGCAUGGAUACUAAAACUCUGAUUUUCGAAACGCAGAAUUUGCUUGAAGCUGAGCGUCUAAUUCAAGAGGAAACUGAGAAUGCUCGUAUCAAGUCGCAAAUGGGCCAAGAACUACAAGCACGUCGUCGUUUGUUCACUCAACGUGAACCAAGUGCCGCGCAAAUACUUACUGCCGCUUUCCUCGAUAAUGAGAUAGAGUGCACGGAGGCGGACGAGAACGCUAGACUCGAAUGGAUUAGACAGAAACAGAGGAUUAGCGAGAGGGAGUACUGUAACAGGCCUCUUGAGCAAUACAAAUAUGAUCAUAACGUCAAGCGCAAUGAAAAUGUAAUUACUGGACAAGAAGAUACAUACGAGCGAUUAAGAUACUUGGAUAUUCGUGAAAAACCUAUCGGCAAUCCUUGUAACUCGUCGACACCGUCGAAAGUGCCUGCGCCACCGCCACCACCACCUAAACCGGGUUACAUUAAUAAAGAACCAAGGCAGACAAUCCAACAACUCGCCCAGUUAGUUAUGAACAGUGAGCGCUGGAAGAAUGCUACUACGGAGAAUCAGCGCAAAGAUCUUAAUUUCCGAUUAGCAAACGGAAAUUUGCAAAAGUCAUCGACUGUUAACAAUGACAUUGUGAUUUUGUGCAAAGAAGAGCAAAAUAAGAAUCACAUGCAAUUCGAAAAUCAAAUGGACGGUAAAGCUAAGACUUUAAAUUGGCUACAAGAGCGUUAUUCUUACGAUGAGCAACCAAAUCGUAAUAACUACGAAGUUCACAAUCGAUUAGCUGCAAACAAUGGACCACAAAAACCUGCCCGCCAUACGGUUGGUUUCACUACCGGAUUUGUGGAGAAUGAGUCAAACAAUCAACAACGCAGACAAACUGUCGGUGAUUUAGAAAAACGCGUCGGUUUUGUUUAUGACAACUUCUUCGAUGGAAACAAAAAAAGCUAUUUCAAUAAUGAUGAGAAAGAUCCGUUUGAGGAAUUACAUCAGUUGUAUCUUCAGAAGCAGAUGAAAUUGGCUCACAAUCAAGAGAUGCCGUUCAUGGUGCACAACGGCCAAGUGGUUUUAGCGCAGAAUGAUAUGAUCGAGCGUUAUGUACAGGAUCUAAAUCCUCGUAAUAGAAGGAACAAAGACUCCGACUCAGAUAACGACGACGAAUUCCUUGAUACUACAGCCACUAUGCCUAGUUCGCGGAAAAAUUCAGUCACUUCAGGUGGUUCCAAGAAUGGAAAAUUCGAAACAGGAUGCGUUAUUAGUUAAGUUCUUUAAUCAAAAUUUAUUAUUCAUUGCAUAAUUUUCAGUUCAUGGACUUAUUUCUAUCUUAUUUUGUAUGAUUUUCAUUCUAAUUGACAAUUAUUCAUUUCCUCACACUUAUUCAUUGUUAUGAAUUUUUGGUGAAUUUUGCAUUUUUUCGCAGUCAAAAUUAACGUUAGCUGUGAAAAUUGUCAAGGUCAUUCCAAAAAAAAGACUUAUCUUACGUUGUAGGUUUUCAAUAUAUAGUUUAUUUUGACGCCGAAGAAAGGUGAUCGUGCUUUUAUAAGGGCUACUUUAUCUCAUUAUCUCGUUGAACAAAUAUAUCAUAUAUUUUAAUUGAUUUUUUAUGUUUCCGAGCUAUAAAUGAUAAAUUUAUCGGAUAACAUUAUAUUGCUUUUUGCCAUUGCAGUCUUCCAAGCCAGUUUAUGCUCAAUAAGUUUCAUGAAAAGUAUCGAUAAUGAUAAGCAUUUUAACUACCUAAGUUAACGAUCUCUAUGUUUAUUUCUAAUAUAGUAAGACGUACGGUUGGUAAAGUAUAAUCAAACCGUUUGAUAAAUAUGCCUUACCUCAUACGGCUGCGAUCGUACUCUUGAAACAUGUGCCAAUAGCAUUAAUUAGUGCUUCCAUUUGACUCGUUAUAUUUGUUUGUAAUAAUAAAUGAUUGAAUAAAUAAAUAAAAUAUGCCUUAUGAAUAAAUAGUUUAAAAUAACAUUCAAAUAA